AUGGCGACCACCGUCGACAAGAUCAAAGAGAUCGAGUCCGAGAUGGCUCGAACUCAGAAGAACAAGGCAACAUCGUUUCAUUUAGCUGGCUUUGAUGUCGCCCGUACCGGUGUAGCGAGCGUUGGCUUUAUUGGUUUCCCGUCCGUCGGCAAAAGUACUUUGAUGAGCAAGUUGACUGGCCAGCAUUCUGAAGCUGCUGCCUACGAGUUUACGACCCUGACUACCGUGCCCGGCCAGGUCAUAUAUAAUGGUGCCAAAAUUCAAAUUCUUGAUCUGCCUGGAAUUAUCCAGGGCGCAAAGGAUGGCAAAGGCCGAGGACGACAGGUUAUUGCUGUUGCAAAAACUUGUCAUUUGAUUUUCAUCGUUCUCGACGUCAACAAACCAUUAACGGACAAGAGGGUUAUCGAAGCAGAGCUGGAAGGGUUUGGUAUCCGAAUAAACAAGUCUCCACCGAAUAUCGUCUUCAAAAAAAAGGAUAAAGGCGGAAUCUCGAUCACUAGCACUGUGCCUCUGACCCACAUUGAUCAUGAUGAAAUCAAAGCCGUCAUGGGUGAAUACCGGAUUUCUUCUGCGGAUAUCGCUAUUCGCUGUGACGCGACGAUAGAUGAUCUAAUAGAUAUCCUGGAGGCUAAAAGUCGAAGCUAUAUACCGGUUAUUUACGCUUUGAACAAAAUCGAUUCGAUAUCGAUUGAAGAAUUAGACUUGCUUUAUCGCAUUCCCAACGCAUGCCCGAUCAGCGCGGAGCAUGGAUGGAAUGUCGACGAAUUAUUGGAGCAAAUGUGGGAGAAGCUCAAUCUCAAACGAAUCUAUACGAAGCCCAAAGGAAAAUCUCCGGAUUACACCGCUCCGGUGGUGCUGAGAUCCAACGCUCGCACCGUUGAAGAUUUUUGCAAUGCCAUCCACAAAUCCAUUGUGGAGCAGUUCAAGCAUGCUAUUGUUUACGGCCGUUCGGUUAAACACCAACCGCAAAGAGUAGGCCUUAGUCAUGAACUCGAAGACGAAGAUAUCAUUACAAUUAUAAAGAGAUAA